AUGCUGUCUAUUUCUCCAUCUUCUGCUGUUUCAUCUUCAGAAGUCUUUUCACGUGUGGCUGUUCCUUCAUCAGCUGUCUCUUCAUCUUCUGCUGUUCGAUCAUCAGCUGUCCCUCCAUCUUCUGCUGUUCCAUCAUCAGCUGUCCCUCCAUCUUCUGCUGUUCCAUCAUCAGCUGUCUCUUCAUCUUCUGCUGUUCCAUCAUCAGCUGUCCCUCCAUCUUCUGCUGUUCCAUCAUCAGCUGUCCCUCCGUCUUCUGCUGUUCCAUCAGCUGUCUCUCCAUCUUCUGCUGUUCCAUCAUCAGCUGUCCCUCCAUCUUCUGCUGUUCCAUCAUCAGCUGUCUCUUCAUCUUCUGCUGUUUCAUCAUCAGCUGUCUCUCCAUCUUCUGCUGUUCCAUCAUCAGCUGCCUCCCCACCUUCUGCUGUUCCAUCAUCAGCUGUCUCUCCACCUUCUGCUGUUCCAUCAUCAGCUGCCUCCCCACCUUCUGCUGUUCCAUCGUCAGCUGUCUCUCCAUCUUCUCCUGUUCCAUCAUCAGCUGUCUCUCCAUCUUCUGCUGUUCCAUCAUCAGCUGUCCCUCCAUCUUCUGCUGUCCCAUCAUCAGCUGCCCCUCCAUCUUCUGCUGUCCCAUCAUCAGCUGCCCCUCCAUCUUCUGCUGUUGCAUCAUCAGCUGUCUCUCCAUCUUCUCCUGUUCCAUCAUCAGCUGCCUCUCCAUCUUCUCCUGUUGCAUCAUCAGCUGCCCCUCCAUCUUCUCCUGUUGCAUCAUCAGCUGUCUCUCCAUCUUCUUCUGUUGCAUCAUCAGCUGUCUCUCCAUCUUCUCCUGUUGCAUCCUCAGCUGUCUCUUCAUCUUCUGCUGUUGCAUCGUCAGCUGUCUCUCCAUCUUCUGCUGUUCCAUCAUGAGCUGUGUCUACAUCUUUUGAGGUUUCAGCUUCAUUUCUC